AUGACCCAAAGAAGCCAACCUGCUCCGCAUUGGGAGAUAAUCGGAAAGAAAGGCACGACAUGGCAAAUUCGACAUAUCAACCCCUACAGCGAUGGCGAGCAACGUCACUGGCCAGGCAAACCCUAUCGACCAGGUUCCGAAGAGAAAUAUUUGAUCCAACUGGCGAAAGCGUGGGUCAAAAAAGAUGGCCUCGAUCAACCAGGCGUCGAAUAUUACCUUGACAAGCUACCAGAUAGCUACGCUUUGUUCGAGUUACCCCAGCCAAGUGGAACUCAGGUUUACAAGAGACUCUUUGGACAUCCAUCUGGCCGAUAUUACGACUCAAUCGUGCGGUUUGAGGUCCACUUCCUAUGGUUAAUGUCCGGAAUGAAAGGCACCUGCGAAUGUGUGCACUGUGGAAAUGCCAAACCCAGACCAGUCGUACCACGAAACCGAUAUACCUUCGACAAGCCAGUGUUACCUAAAGAGCGAGCUAAAUUACUAGGGUUUGACGAUGCCGCUUCGACGAGGUCUAGCUCUGCAGAUACCCGCCUCGCCGGCGGUACUUCAAGCAGACCACAAAGACAGGUCAAAGCCGUAGGGGCGCCUUACGCUCAGGACGACGAAGGAGUAGAAGAUGUCUACAAAGAAUUGCUCAAGCGACUUGAAGCCGCGCAAGGAAGCAGGAAAGGUAUCGAGGACGACAUCGGGGAAAUUAACUCUAUUGAUUGGAGAGCGGAACAUUCAUGGGAUGGCUUUGGCUCGGAUUUGAUUCAGCGGACUCUGACCACCAUCGAACACCAGCAUUCAUUUGUCCCGCGGGUCGGCGAACUUGUCUUGUGGUGUCCCAUCUUCUUGGACGGACACUAUCUUAUGCUGGACGAGGAGGUGGGCGAAUACAAGUUCUAUUCACCUGAACAGGAAUGCUUUCACGGAUUCCCUGCGUGGAAAGGUGGUGUCGUCGCAGCCGUCCCAUCUGGCAGUGAUGGACCGCUCGAUUUUCCGGAUCUCCAAACUCUCCCUGAUAAGCGAAAUUCUCUGAAUCUCUCUGGCUUUCGCGUGGAGACUUUCCCGGACCCAAAUGAUGAAGUCGACAAGAAGGCGUCGAAGCAGUACCGAUAUGUGCCUUUACGGAAUAUUCGGCCGCUAUCUCACUGGCAAACGCUUCUUCGUGGUAUUCCACAGAAGAGGUGGCAUCCCUCCAUCCGGCAUGCCUUGACCUGCAUGACGAGCAUGUCGCUUCUCGAGAAGUGGUGGUUUAACGGUGACUGGCCCAAUGCCAGUGUCCUGUGCAAAGGUAUAUACAUCGGAGCCGAGUUGAUCACUAUUGGCGACGCGGUUCGCAUCGCACCAGAGGCUACUUCUACGAAGACGAGGAGUUGUACUGAUGUCCUUGUCGUUGAUUCGAUUCGACUGAAUCUUAUCGAUAUCAAGCCCGAACAUAUCUCUCCUGACUCACCGCUACUAUCGUCAGCAUCAUCUAUCACCCUUGUGGGAAGAGCCUACACGCUUGAUAUCCGCCGUCACUACACAAUCCAAGGAAAAAUCCCCGAUGUUGAUACUGUCAUUCCGGCUCCCAUACCUAAAGAAGAAGUAAAGACUAUCUUCAGACCCGUGGGCUCUAAUGACUACGGUCCAUGGUAUCACCUACACGACCCUUCUAAACGCUUUGAGAUUUCAUAUGAUGAAGUCCUGGGUAGGAUGUAUGAAGCUGCUGCUGUCCAACUUUGGACCGGGUUGCUGCAACGUCCGGCCGUCCCAACAAAUCCCGCCAUCCGACCAAGCCUAGACUAUGACAGGCGGGCGAUCGAGGAAGGUCGUAGAUACGCGACGCAAGUGGACCUAAGAUUAGACCAAGCAGAGCAGGGCCAAGUGCUAUGGUUUUGGGCCGAUAACAGAGCCGAGGCACUCGACAUUGAAACAAUGAACGGAUUGGAAGUCAGCAGAUAUCACGACAUCAGAGACAGAGAGACUCUGGAGGCUUGGAGGACACAGCUGAGGAUUCUGAACGGCUAUCCAGCUCCCACAGAUUGGUUCAAGUUUAGUUCCAACUUCCCGGUGCUGGGCUCGACGAGAGGAAGAAAGCCGGGCUCCAAAGUCGUCGAUGGGAAAGUCAUCCAACCCGGCACUCCCGGACACGGUGAUGCGGAGGCGGACCGUGUCGAACUCCCAUCAACACCAAGACACAAAACCAGUCAAUUGGCCGGUGCUGCACUAGUCGUGAUGGAGGAUGAGGAGGAUGUCUUUGAAGAUGCCGAGGAAGUUCUGUCGACCGUGGAGUAUCAGCCAGGAGAGACGACGAGGCAAGACUGGAGCCCGAUCCGAGAACGAGAACGAGAACGAGAACAAAGCAGCCACGAACCAAGCAGCAGAUCAUGUCGAAUGCUGAUGCAGACCUCUCAGACGACGAUCACUGGUAUACUGAGCCGGUCCCAAUCCGGGGCGGUACAGAGGAAUCGGAAGGUGGAGACUACGAUCCUCGCCGCGAAGACGAGUAGAAGGGCCAACGGCUUAUGA